GCCAAUAAAUCCACGAAGAAGAAGAAGAAGAACCGCGCGACGUUCAAAUCGGUUUCCGGUUUGUCAUGUUUCUUUUCCCCUUGUGUUUUUUUCUUCUUUCUCAUUUUCGGUCGGUAAACGGGACAUGGAUCGGUCUCAAAUAAGUGUAGGGAGGGCUACCCUGGGCAGUGCUGUGAGGAGCAGAAGGAAAAGCCGAAGCCAGCGGCAGUCGAUGCGCAGCGUCUUUGGCGUCGCGUCGAGGCUCGGCCUGACUCCGGCGCUGACCACACAGAGGCUCAACACCAGCAGGAAACCAUACAAGUCCCAAACAAUCACUGAGAAGAUUAAUCCAGAGCACCUGGCCUUGCUGGUGAAACGCCAGUGGAAGUUAUCCUACGUCACUCCUCUCUACCAGUUCAGACACACCCAGAUGACGACCUAUGCUCGAAGGCUCUCUGCGUUCAUCGCUGCGGAGAAGCAGAAAGGACUGGCGGUGGAGGUGGGGGAGCUCCAGGACACCUUCAAGGUCUGUUUUUCUGUGCUGCAGGGAAUGUCGGAGGCGAAGGACGAUCCUGAAGCCGUCCUCAUCCAGGUCAAAUCAAGGCCUAUGUUUGCAAAGCAGGAUGAACCACAGAAGACGGUGUGGAGCGGGUGGCUGGCCUGCGUCGACGGUAACCCGGAAUACCUGAACUCGCUUCCUACGGAUUUUACCUGCUUGCCUCUCUUUGGCAGCAACGGGGCAGAGGGUCUCUCCUCUUUGGUCAAGUCUUGGUUCCAGAUCAACUUUGACUGUUGCUUCGGCCCUCUGGAUAUCGGCGAAACCAGCCUGGAGUGGCUCGCUGCGUUAUGGACCAACUGCAACGGCAAAUCCAACAUCCAGAGCUUGAAAAUGCAUUGGACCAUCCCAGCCGUGCACGCACUACACGUGGAGUACACAGUCAGCGCCGACGAUGCGUGGGCGCUCUGGUGCAGCAUCAGGGGGAGGUCACUGGAGGAAAGCAACGGGACGGAGGAGGAGGGAUGCAUUGACAUCGAGGAGGUGAAGAGCUUCAUGCAGGGGCUCAUGGGCCACUUUUACAGACACUUCAGAUUGGACCUAUCAACCGGGAACCUGAACCAAAUCUCCACUGCUCUGGGGUCAGCCACACUAAAUGACAGGAUAAAGGUUUCCACCAGCAUAUAUUUAAUCAGCACCCUGAGGCUUCUCACAGAGUUGGCCCUCCUCAGACUGCCCAUCUGACACUACAUUCUUAUUUUUAAAUUACAUUUUUUUUGCAGUUUUUAUUUAGAAAAUUACAAACGGCAAAGAUAUUUUUAAGUGUCAUUUUAUUUCUAACCUGCUCCUUUAGAGAUAUAUGUUGUUCCUUAUUAUGUAGCGUGAUGAAAGAACCAUUCCGGUGUUGUAAGCUGUCACGGCUCCCGCAGAUACGCACCUUGCUGUAAAUAUCCUGAUUUUUACUCUAGAUUGUGUAUUUUGUAGAUAUAAAUGAAAUCAAAGACAGAUUUUUUUUUUCUUUGCAUUUUACCCCCUGUGCCAUUGUUUGUACAUUGUUAAAUUUGGGCAUCUUCUUUGCCCAAUCCGCCUUUUAUUUGUGUAUCCAUCCAUCAUAUUAACCAUUUAUACUUUCAUCCAUCUGCGUAUCCUUUGUAUCGUGUUAAAGUCUGCAGGUUUUGAAGCUUCAGUACUAACUCUGAUCUCUCCAGAAAUAUAUCAGUAGGUAAACCUUACACUUUGGCACUUGUACUUUCAAGAUUAAUUCAGAAAUCCAUUUUUUUUUUUUAAAGUGUUUUUAUGGCAUGAGUGGUAAAUACAGGAUUAAUGUCAGAGGUGUUUAAGAACACAUGUAAUAUAAUUUACUAAUUGUGUUUUUAAGUUUUAUUGGAUCAUAAGUUGCUCAAAUAAAACAACAAUUUAAUAAUAA